GCCAUAUUCUGUGACAGUAUUUUGAUUCGUAUCUGCUGGAAGUGAGGAAAAAGAGAAAAGUGAAGGGCUGUCGAGGGGAGGGGGGGCUGAAGAAGAGGAGCUGUCAAAAAGGUAUUCCCGAGUCUCUGUCAAACGGCGGAGGGCUGAGGCUCGGUAUCCCUCCCCUAACUCUAUUUCGAGGACACACAAGGCCCGGGGCCUCGGUUCACUUGGCUUUCCGUCUCCCUGAUAGUAGCUGGACCCUCUCGGCUUCUUCUUUCCGAGCUCCGCGGCCCUCUGGAGGUCCGGCGGCGGUCUCGGGUGUUGUAGGCUGCCCGGGGAGCGGCGGCGGCAGCGGCGGCGGAGACAGAAAGAAGAUGUUCAAGAUGAAGGCUGUUUGCUGCCAUAACUGACACCCCAGUGACCUGAAGAGAAAAAGCAGUCCUGACCUGGCGACAUACGAAUGGCCCAGGGAAGCCACCAGAUUGACAUUCAGGUUUUGCAUGACCUGCGCCAGAAGUUCCCUGAAGUCCCAGAGGGUGUCGUCUCCCAGUGUGUGAUACAGAACAACAACAAUUUGGACGCCUGCUGUGAAUACCUGUCUAAAGUCAGCCCGAGCUACCUGUACAGUGAAGAAGGAAACCUCAGCUUUUCUGACGACCCCAGCUACACCCGGCUCCGUAAUCACAUGACCCAGCUUAACCUGGGCCUGCAGUCUCAGAAUGUGCACGUGGCCCCGGUUCGGGACGGCCUGAGAAUGAACGGCAGUCGGACUCUUGCCCACAGCCUGAGUGACGGGCCCCUCCAGACAAGCCAGGCCCCUAACAGUGACUUCUUUCAGCAGGAGCCCCAGUCCGCCCCAGUGCAGGUGCCCUCCAGCCUCAAUGUUUUCGGUGUGAUGGAGCCCACACGCAAACCGCAACCUCCCCAGCACCUCGGACUCUUCCCUCUGGGUGUCAAAGGGCCGACUAUGGGCGUCCCGCAGACCCCACGCUUCAAUCCAAUCACGGUGACGCUGGCCCCCAACAUCCAGACAGGCCGCAGCACCCCCACGUCUUUGCACAUACACGGCGGCCCUCAAUCGGGCCUCAGCAGUCCACAGGGUAACUCCAUCUACAUCAGGCCCUACGUCAGCCAGUCCGGUACGACCCGGCAGAACCAGCAGCAGGGGGGGCGGGCCCAGUACAGCCCCACCUCCCAGCCCCAGCAGCAGAUCUACCAGAUCUCACACCCCGGCUCCUGGUCCGGCUCCUCUUCACAUACCUCACAGACCCAGGGCCAUCAGACCUCUCACGUCUACAUGCCCAUCAGCUCGCCCACAAACCCCCAGGCGCCGUCGAUUCUUCCAACUGGAAGCCAGGCCUCCUCCUCUGGUGUCUCCUCCUGCUCCUCUUCCUCUUCCGCCUCCUCAGUCAUGCCCAUCAGCCAGUACAACAUCCAGAACAUCUCCACAGGCCCACGGAAGAACCAGAUCGAGAUCAAACUUGAAUCUCCUCAGAGGAGCAACUCCACCACGGCCGUGCUGCGGACCAGCAGCGGGCCCCGCUCCUCUUCAACCUCCUCCUCCUGCCCUUCGUCUUCUUCAUCUUCGACCGGUGUGGCCGCUGUCCCCACCACCCCUCUGUCCAUCGGAGGUCCGGGUCUGAGCCGCAGCCAGCCCACUGUUUACAUAUCUGCCAGCCCGCCGACCGCUGCUACCACGCCGUCUGAAGACGCCGUUAUGGCCUCUGCCGGCUCUCGCUCCCAGCCCAAGUUUUACAUUUCAGCCAAUGCCUCCAGUGACGACAGCGGGGGCAGGAACCCCCCCACAGUCUACAUCUCAGCCAACCCGCCCUUACAGGGGCCUUCAGGGGCCAGGAACAUGGGGGGCCAAGUGAGUAUGGGCCCUGCCUACAUCCACCACCAUCCUCCAAAGUCCCGUGCGUCUGUGGGCGGGGGCGGCACGGCCUCAUCCCCUCGUGUGGUUGUGACUCAGCCCAACACCAAAUACACUUUUAAAAUCACAGUGUCCCCCAAUAAGCCCCCUGCUGUGUCCCCUGGGGUGGUGUCCCCUACGUUUGAGCCCAACAACCUCCUGAGCUUACCAUCAGACCACCACUUUGUGGAGCCAGACCCCCUCCAUCUCUCCGACCCGCUGUCUCCUCACAGGGAGAGGCCGAGUGAGCCUCGCAGACUCAGCAUGGGCUCUGAUGACGCAGCGUACACACAAGCGUUGUUGGUCCAUCAGAAGGCCCGCAUGGACCGGCUGUGGCACGAGCUAGAGCUGAAGAAGAAGAAGCUGGAGAAGCUAAAAGAGGAAGUCAACGAGAUGGAGAACGAUUUGACGAGGAGACGGCUGGAGAGAUCCAACUCGGCCUCCCAGAUUCCUUCAAUUGAGGAAAUGAAGCAGCUGCGAUGCAAAAACAGGUUACUGCAGAUCGACAUCGACUGCCUCACCAAAGAAAUUGAUCUCAUUCAAACAAGAGGACCACACUUUAAUCCCAGUGCAAUCCAUAAUUUUUAUGACAACAUUGGAUUCCUUGGUCCUGUCCCACCCAAACCCAAAGGUACUUUGUCUGUUGACAGGAGAGGAUGUAGAUAUAAUGUCUCCUCUGAGCUCAUGAUGGAGCCCUCCUCUGGUCCUUCUCCUCCUCUACCACUUGACGUGGGCCAGGAGGAAGACGAGGGGACGCAGUGGAGCUGCACCGCCUGCACCUUCCUCAACCAUCCCGCCCUCAACCGCUGUGAACAGUGCGAGUUCCCGCGGCACUUCUGAGCCUGCGAGGCUGCGACGCACCGCCCCCCCGCCUCUGACCGCCCGUCUCCAAGCAGACUCGUCUAAAAAAAAAAAAAACAAAGAGGGCCCUCUCUGUUCCUUUCUCCCUCUCCUAUGAAAAUGGGGCGUGGUCUUCUCGCAUCAUAAAGCCUGUCUCCUUGAUUUUUGUUCUUUUUCUCUAAGGUUUAGCAAUGCUGUCCACUGAAGGCUCAACUGGAUGGUGUUUACAGCUUGUGUUUUUGAAAUAAGGCUGGCAGAGUCGGAUGAUACCUCACCUUAGAGACUUGGAUAGCGUGGGGUCACCUUCCCUCUUUUCUGCUUGACGGGUGACUUUUUUUUUAACCCCUGGUGAUACCUCGCUGCUCCCACUUACAGUAUUACGAGUGUGGCCUUGCAGUUUGACGGCACACAGACACAAACGCAUCCCAGGUGCCAACGUGCCUUUUGCUGAUUGAAUUGAGUUGUUUUUCUUCCUGUGUGGUGGCAUGACUUUGGAAAUGGGAACUGUGUUCAGCCACUGCUCUCCAUCUGAAGGGAAAACUAACAGACUAAUCUUGGACUCUCCAGUUUGUUUGCUGUUUUAACAGGAUACCAAAGGGGGAACGGGCAGUGUCGCUGCCUCUCAAACGUGCCUCUCGUCCUCCCCCCUCCUCCUCCUGUCUCUUCGAUCAUGAGUUAAUGACAAAAAGAAACUAAGUUGCAUGCUUUGUGUACAGUACCUGGAGGCACAAACUCCCCUCGAGCUUUUUACUGUACAUAAUUUUAGAAUGUGCCCUGAAGCCUUUUUUUCCUCACACUAUGAAUCACUUGUAUUUCUGUAAGUAUAGCUUUAUAGACUUUA